AUGAUGGGAGAUAUGAUUGGUGAUGUGAUUGGAGAUGUGAUUGGAGAUGUGAUUGGAGAUGUGAUUGGAGAUGUGAUUGGAGAUGUGAUUGGAGAUGUGAUUGGAGAUGUGAUUGGAGAUGUGAUUGGAGAUGAUGGGAGAUAUAUGAUUGGUGAUGUGAUUGGAGAUGUGAUUGGAGAUGUGAUUGGAGAUGUGAUUGGAGAUAUGAUUGGAGAUGUGAUUGGAGAUGUGAUUGGAGAUGUGAUUGGAGAUGUGAUUGGAGAUGUGAUUGGAGAUGUGAUUGGAGAUGUGAUUGGAGAUGUGAUUGGAGAUGUGAUUGGAGAUGUGAUUGGAGAUGUGAUUGGAGAUGUGAUUGGAGAUGUGAUUGGAGAUAUGAUGGGAGAUAUGAUUGGAGAUGUGAUUGGAGAUGUGAUUGGAGAUGUGAUUGGAGAUGUGAUUGGAGAUGUGAUUGGAGAUGUGAUUGGAGAGAUUGGAGAUGUGAUUGGUGAUGUGAUUGGAGAUGUGAUUGGAGAUGUGAUUGGUGAUGAUAAGCGUCAAAAAGUGGAUAUAUUCCACGAGAUUCUCAAACGUUUCUCAAACGUCAAAAUCAAAGAAGCAAUAAAAGUACAGAAAAGAUUCCUCUUUAAACCAAACGAUCCAUUGUGUAGAUGA